AAAAUUUCAGUGAUCAUGUAAAAAAACGUAACACUCAAAAAAAAAUCUCAAACCCAAGAAAAAUAAAUAGAACCAACCACAAUGCAAUUGUUACACGAACAGACGUCUAUUCUAACCGUUAAAGAUAUUGGAAACGUGCACACAUCCUUAAAAGAUGCGUCCUCGCAUAACAUCGAAGUGAAAGAGAAGCGGUCGUCAAAUGCAUCCAUAUUUGUGAUGAAUCCGGUCGCGAGUGGAGAUAAUAUGCAGAUAGAUUUAAAUAGCGCACAAAAGAUUAAAGAUGAGACAGUCGUGAUGCCGCAGCUUGUGCCGUGUUGUGAAGGGAAAGAGUUGCAGAUUAACGAAGAUUUGGUUCGUACCGGCCUAUCAGCUAUUUCAGUGAAACAUGACAGCGUGGUCCAGUGUUUGAGUAUGUCUUGUGCUUGCGAAAGGAUGCAAGUGCCCCCGGGGCUUGUUAAGCACAGAAACUCAUUUCGAUCACUUCACCGCCCCGACCUAAAGCGUGUACCGUAUCUCCGACGUAUGACACCGGAUGAACUUGAGUCAUUGUUUCGCGGCUACGCGGAUAUCCCAACGCGUGGAAAGAAGAGAGAAACCCCAAAAGAAACCUUCAUGGUUUUACCUCCAGAUGAAAACGAUCGAUCAAGAAAAGUUCGAGAUAAAACCAAUUUAGAAGAAGGAGGUAAUCUACAUCCAAUCCCAGAGACAAGAUCUUGUGCGGAUGAUGUACCGGCCGGUAUGCGACUCCAUGGAGCGCGUGCGAGACUAUAUACCUCCGUUCUAGCUGGAGCCAAAGCUGGUGAUCAACUGGACAAUGCUUCUGCAAACGAUGACUGCGCCACACCUAUUUUAGCUGACCCCAUUCCCGAGGAUGAAAUCCCACUCUAUGAAGAACUACAAAUUAUACUUCCACCUCGCUGCGAUGACGUCACUGCUGGGUCUUCUCACAACGGCUCAGAAAAAAAAACAUUUGAAUGAACAAUCAACAAUAUAAGAAUUGACUGA